UAUGAAUAUAUCAUUGCCAUCGCUUGCUUUAUCAAAGCAUAAUGCUCAUGUUUUCUCUUAUGCUCAAAUCUACGUAGUAGGAGGGCAACUUGUGGCUUUUUUCUACGUAGUAAGAGUAGUAGCUGGUUCUUAAUCUGUGCUACAAUAUGGCCGACAUGUCAAAUUCAAUUUACACCAAUGGAAUUCUUUCAUAUUCAAACUUACAGAUUUUUAAUAUUUCAGUCAGGACGGGUAACAUCGUCAAUGCAUUUAAUUUUUUAAUGAUAGUGUGUAGUUCCGUUUAGAUAGCACAAUAUCAGACAGAAAGAUGGCUAAAAGAACGUCAACAGUAGCUUUUGAAACUGAUGAACAGCAACCGAAAAUUGCGAAGGAUGGCAAGAAGCACUCCCUCGAUUCCGAUGAAGAAGAUAGUGCUGCAGAGGAGGAAAAGCAAAACGUUCUCAACACGGAUGAUAUUGAGGGAGAAGAAGAUGGUGUUGCAGGAAUGGAAGGUGAAAUUACAAUUACACCAUUUAAUAUGAAGGAAGAGUUAGAGGAGGGUCAUUUUGAUGCCCAAGGCCACUACCAUUGGAAGAAGGAAAAAGAGGUCAGGGAUGGGUGGUUGGACAACAUUGAUUGGGUAAAGGUUAAGGGGAGGCCUGAAGAUAAGUACAAAGUUCAUAAGGAUGAUGAUACAAAGGGAAUCUUAGAUGACACAGACAGUGAGGAUGAUGAACCUGAAGAAAAGUUUGACCUCAUCAUGAAUUAUAAGGAAAUUUUACAACACAUGAAACCUAAGGAGACUAUUGCAAAAACCCUGCAACGUCUAGGUGCCAGUUCUAAAAUAUCCAGUGCAGAGCGCUGGAAAAGAAAAAAGCAAGGUAUAGUUGAUGAAGGCAGUAAAAUAGUUACUAGAGUAACUGAGCUUGCUAACCAAAUAUUAACAAAAACAGGAAAUAUGGACAUAUACCAAGAGACUUAUGAGAAAAUAAACACUAGCAUAAAUAAGGAUGCUAAGAAAAAAGAAGAUGCAGAACUAGAUAUGUAUGCAGAUGAUUUUGAUCAAAAAGAAAAGCAGAGUUUAGAUCAAGAUUGUGGUGAAAGUAAUAAAGAUAACACUGAAGAGAGUGAGAGUAAUUCAAAUGAAGUCAAGUGGGAAUUUAAAUGGAGUCAAGAUGACAAUGCUGAAGUUUCAGGCCCACACUCCACUGAUCAAAUGCACAAGUGGGCUACAGAAGGAUACUUUAAAACAGGUGUGUGGGUUAGGAAGAAUGGUGAAGAUUCCCAAUUCUAUAGUUCUAAUAGAAUUGAUUUUGAACUGUACAUGUAAAAGCUUAAAUCCUUAUCAUUACUGUUCCAGUGUCCCUGAUUGUAUACAUAGAUAUAUUACUAUGAAUAUAUAGUUUUAUAAGUUA